UCACUUGCCUAAACGCAAUGGUAGCUGAUGAAAUACUGGUUCCAGAGUCAAAAGUCUUAACAGUUUUCUCUUCCCUCGCUGAUAGCUAUGAGAUUGAUCUGCAAUUGAAAAAAAAAGGGGCAAUUCGGCGCUGAAACUUAAAAAAAAGCUGUGGCUAACAGCAUCCCUUGUGAAAUUAUUGAACUGGCCAAUUAAAGAGGAAAUGUCACUGGGUUGAAUCUGUCCUUGGAAAGACUCUUUCAU